UUGGAAACGGGUUUUAUCAAUUCGAAAAAAAUCCCGGAGUAAAUAUAUUUCACGGAGUUAAUUGUUGUAUGGUCACGUGACACAAAUAUGGUGGAUGACAUGCAACCGGAUGGCAAGCAACAAGUUCAAACAAUUUUUGAAUUUGCAUAAAAUCUAGACUACUAGAUUGUAAAUAAAUUGUGUUUAUCAAUAAUUGUAUAUAUCAACAAUGUUUCUAACACGUGCACUUGAGAAAAUCUUGAGUGACAAGGAAAUAAAAAAGGCACAUCACUCCCAACUAAAGAAAGCCUGUGAGGUGGCACUUGAAAAAAUCAAGAAUGAUGGUCAGAGUAAAGCUGGUUCUGCCAAUGACCAAUCCUCAGCCUUGCCAAUGCCUAAACAAGCUGGUUUUGUGGAUGCUGACAAGUAUUUCACACCGUUUGAGCUGGCUUGUCAGUCUAAAUCACCAAGGAUUGUCAACAUUACCUUAGAUUUCCUGCAGAAAUUGAUAGCAUAUGGUCACAUGACAGGAAAUACGCCGGAUAGUACAACACCAAAUAAGAGACUUAUAGAUCGUAUUGUGGAGACAAUAUGUGGAUGUUUUCAUGGACCACAAACAGACGAGGGUGUGCAAUUACAAAUCAUAAAGGCAUUACUAACAAUAGUUACCUCCAACACAUGUGAAAUACACGAAGGAACAGUUUUACUGACUGUCCGCACAUGUUACAAUAUUUACUUAGCCAGUAAAAACCUUGUAAAUCAGACCACAGCGAAGGCCACGCUGACACAGAUGCUGAAUGUUAUAUUUACAAGGAUGGAAAACCAAGCGGAGGAUGUAAUUAAAGAGAGGGAAAGAUCAGAAAGUCAAAUGUCUCAUAGUACAGAGGGCGAGAUUUCCGGCACACCAGAGGCACCGAGAUCUGUAUGUGAUGGUGAAGAAGGAGAACAUAACCAGUCUGUUAUAUCUGAGGCAGAUUCUUCCAGUGAAAACCAGUCUAAUGUCACUAUAACAGAAGAUGAUGAAACCCCGGAGAGUAUUGCAAAGCAAGUUUUAGAUGGAAUUAUAUGUCAAGUCACGGGAGAUGUGGGACAAGCUGAUGGUCCCCCAGAAACUGCUACUGGUGGAAGUGAUCCCCCAGGUAUAGAGGUAACUGCACCAAGGGAGAGGGCCGGCACGGGAGAGAGUGGAGAUAUGCCUAGCCAAUCUAAUUCUAGUAAAACUGGAAGUUCACUUGCUGUAAACCGUCUAGUAGAUGAGGGAGAGGAGGGCGCGGAUGGUGGUGAAGUUGGACACGGUGCUUUCAGUCAUAUCCUGCAAAAAGAUGCAUUCCUUGUGUUCCGAAGUUUGUGUAAACUUUCCAUGAAACCACUGGGAGAUGGCCCACCUGAUCCAAAGUCACAUGAGUUGAGGUCAAAGGUCUUAUCACUAGAACUUUUACUGUCAAUUCUACAAAAUGCUGGCCCAGUUUUCCGCACCAAUGACAUGUUCAUUAACGCCAUCAAGCAGUACCUGUGUGUGGCACUGUCCAAGAAUGGGGUCAGCUCUGUUAUUGAAGUGUUUGAGCUUUCAUUGGCUAUAUUCCUGACCCUGCUUGCCAACUUUAAACAACAUCUUAAAAUGCAGAUAGAGGUAUUUUUCAAGGAAAUAUUUUUGUAUAUUUUGGAGACUCCUAGCAGCUCCUUUGACCAUAAAUGGAUGGUAAUUCAGGCUUUGACAAGAAUAUGUGCAGAUGCCCAAUGUGUUGUUGACAUCUAUGUAAACUAUGACUGUGAUUUAUCCCUUGCUAAUAUAUUUGAACGUUUGGUGAAUGAUCUUUCCAAAAUUGCACAAGGGAGACAAUCUCUUGCAGUUGGUGUGACACCAACACAAGAACAGAGUAUGCGCCUCAAGGGACUUGAGUGUCUUGUUUCUAUACUGAAGUGUAUGGUGGAAUGGAGUAAAGAUUUAUAUGUAAAUCCACACUUCCAGUCCAACCUAGGUCAGGACAGUAAACCAUCUCCGGAGUCAGAUUCGGACUCCGGUAAAGGCACGUUGAACAGUUAUGAUAGUACCAACUCUCUCGAGUCUAAUGGCAGCUCUUUAAACACGUCUGCAGUGGUCCAUGACAGUCCGGAACAGUAUGAGGUGCUGAAACAACAGAAGGAGAUCAUGGAACAUGGUAUAGAACUAUUUAACAAGAAAGCAAAGAAAGGUGUGCAGUAUUUACAAGAUCAGGGUUUACUAGGCACAUCACCAGAUGAUAUUGCCGAGCUCUUUCACAGCGAUGACAGACUUGAUAAGACUAUAGUUGGAGACUACCUAGGAGAAAACGAGAAAUUUAACAAGGAGGUGAUGUAUGCAUAUGUUGAUCAGUUAAACUUUGCUGAGAUGGAUUUUGUAUCAGCAUUGAGAAGAUUUCUCGAGGGUUUUAGAUUACCUGGUGAGGCACAGAAAAUUGAUCGAUUGAUGGAAAAGUUUGCAUCUAGAUAUUGCGAGUGUAACACCAAUAGUGAAAUAUUUGCAAGUGCUGACGCAGCCUAUGUCUUGGCGUACUCUGUUAUCAUGUUAACGACAGACUUACACAGUAGUCAGAUUAAGGACAAGAACAAGAUGACAAAAGAACAGUAUAUAAAGAUGAACAGAGGGAUAAAUGAUAGUAAAGAUUUACCGGAGGAAUAUCUCUCUGCCAUCUAUGAUGAAAUUGCAUCUAACGAAAUCAAAAUGAAAGCCAUAGGUGUACAGAGGUCCUCUUUUUCUCACAGGGAUAUCACCAGUGACAAACAUAGACGUAUGUUGUAUAACACAGAGAUGGAACACAUGGCAAUGGCUGCCAAGGUUCUCAUGGAGAGUGUCAGCCAUGUUGAAUCUAACUUCAUGAGUGCAAAACACCAGGAACAUGUCAGACCUAUGUUUAAGAUGGCGUGGACACCAUUUCUGGCAGCAUUUAGUAUCGGUUUACAGGACUGUGAUAAUUCACAAAUUGCCUCUCUUUGUCUAGAUGGUAUCCGAUGUGCCAUACGUAUUUCAUGUAUAUUCCAUAUGGAGUUGGAACGGGACGCAUAUGUUCAAGCACUCGCACGAUUCACACUGCUGACCGCAGCUUCUCCGAUAACCGAGAUGAAAACUAAAAAUAUAGACACAAUCAAAACUCUAAUCUCUGUUGCACAUACUGAUGGGAAUUAUCUGGGCAAAUCGUGGUUAGAGGUAUUAAAGUGUAUAUCCCAGCUAGAGCUGGCUCAGUUAAUUGGGACAUCAGUCAAAACCAAAUAUAUCCCGUCACAUAAACGAGAGAAAUCUAAUGGUGGUACAGCCUAUCAUAUAGAGGCUUUUGAUCCUGAAGCCAUUGCUAAAGGAGGUUUUGGCUCUAAGACGCUGGCCAACUUCCAGGAGACUAUGGGUGAAACAAGUUCACAAAGUGUCGUGGUAGCUGUUGAUAGAAUCUUUACAGGAUCAGUGAAACUUGAUGGAGAUGCUAUAGUUGAGUUUGUGAAGGCGCUGUGUCAGGUGUCAGUAGAGGAAUUAGCCAACCAUAGCCGACCUAGAAUGUUCAGUCUUACGAAGAUUGUCGAGAUAUCCUACUACAACAUGGGACGUAUCAGGCUACAGUGGUCCCGUAUAUGGCAGUAUCUUGGCGACCAUUUCAAUAAGGUGGGAUGUAACCAGAAUGAAGAUAUUGCCUUCUUCGCAAUUGAUUCCUUGCGGCAGUUAUCUAUGAAGUUUAUCGAGAAAGGUGAAUUUGCCAACUUCAGGUUCCAGAAAGAUUUUCUCAGGCCCUUUGAACAUAUCAUGAAAAGAAAUAGGUCACCAACUAUACGUGACAUGGUUGUGAGAUGUGUGGCUCAGAUGGUGAACUCGCAGGCAGCCAAUAUAAAAUCUGGCUGGAAGAAUAUAUUCAGCGUGUUUCAUCUGGCGGCCUCCGAUCAGGAUGAGGGCAUUGUAGAACUUGCAUUCCAAACUACCGGCAAAAUUAUAUCAUCUGUUUUUGACAAACAUUUUGCGGCUGUAAUGGAUUCAUUCCAAGAUGCUGUCAAGUGUCUAUCAGAGUUUGCGUGUAACGCUGCAUUCCCAGACACCAGCAUGGAGGCUAUACGACUGAUCCGUAACUGUGCAAAAUAUGUGGCAGAAAAACCCCAUAGAUUUAUACAUUUAGAAAUUGAAGCCAAUACAAAGGAUAUGGAUUAUGCUCUGAUGUUCAAAGAGCACACUGGGGAUGAUCUGAACGUACCAGAAUCUGAUCGUGUCUGGGUGAAGGGCUGGUUCCCUGUAUUGUUUGAGUUAUCUUGUGUGAUAAAUAGGUGUAAACUUGAUGUAAGAACAAGGGGUCUAACAGUGAUGUUUGAGAUAAUGAAGACCUACGGUGAAUCAUUCGAGCCCCAUUGGUGGCGAGACUUGUUCCGAAUUGUUUUUAGAAUCUUUGAUAACAUGAAAUUGCCAGAAGCGCAAAAUGAAGAUGAUUAUUAUGUUCAGAAAUCUGAAUGGAUGACGACAACAUGUAACCACGCACUAUAUGCCAUCAUAGAUGUGUUUACACAAUAUUAUGAUGUUCUACAUACAUUAUUAUUGGAUGAGCUUUACCAGCAACUUAUCUGGUGUGUCCAGCAAG